AUGGGUGAAGAACGUAUUUCUCCAUCAACAUUUGUUCGAAAUCAACUGUUUCCUUAUUAUGCUGAUGUGGAUUUUGCAUUUUUAAAGUGUUAUGACUCUUCGAAUAAACAAAGUUAUUUUUGUUGUUUACUUGCUGAAGAAGUAAAUUGUCCUGCACAUUUUCCUGCUGAAGUAACAGAAGACAAUAUGAUUAUCGGUGUGAAGCUAGCACGAAGGAGCUAG